AAAAGUGGAUGGAAGAUAACAAACAGCAGGAUUGGUUAUUUGGGUUAAGGUUUAUAGUUUAUGCAAUGAAUAAUUCGAUUUGCAGAGCACAUAAUAAAAGACCUUAUGAACUUGUAUUUGGCGGAAUUCCACAUGGAGAUUCUGCAAUUAUAGAUCAGUUAUUCAAAAAUAAUAUUUCUU